UCUUAUUUUCUGAAGAUGCUGCCAAAAACAGCAACAUAAAAGAGACAGGAGCGGAACUGCAUCUUAGAAAUUGGUUAAGAUAUGCAUCGGACCGAAAUGGGGGCCGCAGAAGGAAGUGCUGCACGGAAAACUAAUGAUAAGAAAACUGCAGUAAUAGUAGAGUCAAUGACUCACACUUUCAAACCUGCUCGUGGAGCUAAAAUCGGGCAAAAUGACAAAUUCGAGGAGAAGAUGAAGCAGCAGAAGAGAGAUGAAAUGAGAAAGAAAGCAGAAGACGUUAAAAGGAGAUUAGUGGAAGAAGAACGUAAAGAGAAGAAAGAAAAAGAUAGAUUGAAGCAAGAGAGAAGGGAAAAAAUGAUCAGAGAGAAGAGGAAAGUCUGGGAGGAACAGUUUAGCAAGAAGUCUCAGGAUGGCAAGAAGACUGCACAAGACAAAACAACGAAACAUGGAAAAGUCUCUUCUUCUGCCGACAGGAAAAGAACACACAGUAUCAGCGAGGAUGAAGCAGAUGAAGAUGUUGUAUCUGUCAAGCCGAAACCAAACCUAGAGAUACCGAACAAGCCCAAGAUUAAGAAAUUUAAUCGUCCAAUGCCGCCACACGUAACUUUUGCAGACAUUUUGAAAAUGGCAGAGCAGAUGCAGCACGAACCUGUGGAUGUUUUUAAAAAACCAAUUCAGAAAAAAAAGAAACCUGAACAACGGCCGAUGUCUCAGUUUGAAAAGGACAGGUUGGAAAGGAUAAAUAGCAAAGAAUACAAGCAUUGGGUUAAGCAUGGCAUAGGCAACCCGCCGUCUGCGGUAAAGCGUCGGUCAUCAGACGAGGACAGUUCAGAUGAUGAGAGGAAGAUGGCUAAGAAAGAUAGUGCCUCACUUUCUGCAUCCAAUUCCAGACUGUCUAUUAAUUCUGUUAGAGACCGUUCACCUGCCAUUUCAAAACCAGAACACAAAUUGGGAAUUCCGAAAAAGGAACAUUCUUCGAUGAUUUCUCAGAAAAGGCCCGUACCAGGACAUGAAAAGACAGGUCUGUCUAAACAAUCGGAGAAAACAAGUCAUAGUUCUGACAGACAUAAGGGUGGGUUUACGGUUCCGAAAAUAUCUGAUUCUAGUGGUCAGAAAAAAGUGUCACAUUCUUCAUCAUCAAACCAAGUGAGCAAAUCAUCUUCUAAUUCUGACAGUGUCUCAAAGAAAGUAGCAUCUCAUUCAAAGGAAAAUCAUUUAUCUGUGCAUGGUAAUUCAGCAGGCCAUGGUCACUCUUCUGUUAAUUCGGCAAAAUCAUCUUCAGACCAUAGACACUCUGGUACUAAUCAUGUAACAUCCACUUCAAAACACGGACAAUCUGCUAGUAAUCAUGCAAAAACCUUAUCAAGCCAUAGCCAGUCUUCGUCUAGUAGUGUAAAACCAUCUGGCCAUCCAAAAAUGCAAAGCCAGAAAUUCUCCAAUACCAAACAUGAAGUGUCUUCGGAUAAGAAAUCAUCAUCAAAGUCAUGUUUAAAUGCUGUACACAAAUAUUCUGAAAACAAGAUGGCAACGAAGUCCUUUUCAGUAUCUAAUCAGCACAAAGUAUCCAGUAGCAGAGUAGUGGAAAAUAAUCAUGGCAAACCAGUCGUUAAAACUGCUGAAAGAAAUCACAAUCACAAACAAGCUGAUGUCGGCAAUCUGGCCUCGAGGGACAAACAUUCACAAAGCAGCCAUAAUGUAAGAAUGAGCGAGAAGGAAGUUAAUAGGUUAAAGGGCAAAGGUCAAGAAUUCAAAAACAGUGAAACCAAUAAUAAGGUACACAGGGACAAAGGUAAUGUGCAUGAUUCCAAGCAUAAAAGUUUGUCUUCUGGUGACAGGAGAGAUUUGGAGAGGUCAAAGGGCAAAGGUAACUCCAGCCAUAGAAACAACUACAAUUUGAUGCAUGAGAAGGUGUUGAUUUGUGGACCUUCGUCACCGGAGGAAGAGAUGCCUAAGAAAGCUGCAGCGCCUCCGGCUAGUAACCCGUGUGAUAGAAUAUAUGGAGAGAUCAAGAAGAAAACUCCCAAACCAGGCCACGCUGACAAGACAAGUGAGGGAGAUGUGGUCAAUGCAUUCAAGGCCGGGUCUGGUGGAUCGGCAAAUCUAAAUGUGUCAGAUUCCUUGGAUUUGGACUCCGAAGAUCUCGACUUUCUUAAUGAUUCAUCCGAUGUGGUGUUGCCGGAGAAUGAGAAUGACACAGAAUCUUCAACGGUUUGUACUGUUGGUGGCGACACACAUUCAGAAUUCUCAACGGUUUAUACUGUUGGUGGCGACAGGCAUUCAGAAUCCUCAACGGUUUAUAAAGUUGGUGGCAACACACAUUCAGAAUCUUCAGCAGGUUAUACAGUUGGUGGCGACACGCAUUCAGAAUCCUCAACGGUUUAUAAAGAUGGUGGUGACACACAUUCAGAAUCCUCAACUGUUUAUAAAGGUGGUGUCACACAUUCCGAAUCUUCAAAUGUUUAUUCAUUUGGUAGUACUGGUAACAUACAUUUGGACAGUUUAGAUAAAACCGGUCUAAACAGUACAGUACAAGCAAACAGUACUUUGUUAACUUUCAGUCCAUUGACAGUGAAAUAUGACACAGAUUUGGGUUUUCAGACAGAAAAGGAGACCGAUGUUGCAGAGCAGGUGACUCAAGUGCUGAGUAUAUUCCCUGAUGCAGACAGAACAUGGGUUACCAACUGCCUGAGGAUUGAAAAGUUAUCUCACCCUGACAGUUUCGUCGAUUGUGUGUGCGAAAUUCUCAUCGACAGUCGCCAUAAGAACAGAGAAAUCAAUGGGAAAAAGAAGAAUGGGAAAAAGAGAUUACCUUCAAAGAAUUCUCCGAAAAAGAAAGUACACAGUGUGAUUGAGAAAGUGAAAAACUCACAGAAAUACGUGGAUCUGUUAUCAGAACAAGCAGAGGAAGCGAAACGCCGGAUACGACUGUUUGGUGACUCUAGUGGAUCACCUGAAAACACAGGUGCUAAACAAGCAAGAUUAGAGACUGAUAUGCAAGUCGAUUCGCCUUUUACCCCAGAAAGACAGCCUCCAAACGAGAUGACCAGUGAUGUGUCUACAACACCACCAGGCAAGCCUGAUUGCAUCGAAACAUUUGAUGAAGUUUCCAGUCAGUUUCAGUGCAAUUAUUGCGGAGCUUACAAAGAGUGCAAGGAACUAGCCCAGUGCUGUGAUGGACAUGCCGUGUGUCAAAAAUGUAUUGAACCAGAGGUCAAGGCCAUGUUUGCCAGUGAUAGCCAGGUUCAUAUCAAUUGCCCCAUUAAUCUGUGCGAGAGUGAGAUUCCUAUUGGUGAAGCAAAGAAGAUUCUCCCGUCCAUUGUGAUAGACUUGUUCCAGGAUAAAAUGGAUAAAUAUUGCCUAGAAAGUAUCAACAACAUGCCAAACAUGUUCAAGUGUCCAGAUUGUGGAGUGCCUGUUGAGAUGGCUCCUGGGAUUAAAGAAUUCCAGUGUCAAAAUGAAGAUUGCAUGAUGACAUGUUGCCGCUACUGCAAAAAGCCAUGUAAUGAUCGAGACCACUCCAGCUGCAGCCCGGUGCUUUCAGCAGCAGACGACUUCGCUAGUAUGGAACAGUUGCCACAACACUGGGACCCAAUGCCAGAUAAGGACACGGAUUUCAUCAGUGUAAAGUUACAACCGAGAUCAGAAGAAUACAAAACCGUGAUAGAUAGCUUCCGUCACACGAUGCGAGGCAGACUGGUGAAGUCGAUCAGACGAAUACAGAACCCGCGACUGUGGCAAAAAUAUUUACUGUAAGUCUGAGAAAAUGCAGAUCAUUCUUCAUUACAUGACAUCAUUCAUGACUGUUUUCAGUACGUCAUUACACAGCUGCAGUCAGGGAAAAUCCAACACAAAUUACAUUUAUUUAAUAUUCUAGGGUCGUUUUCUCUUGUAGACAAAAAACUAUUUCAAUGCAGGAUUUUCAAGAAAUGUGUUUUAAAAAUUGAAAUAGCCUUCUUAAUAAAAACAUGUACUAGUAUCUCAUAUUUAACUACAACUAAGCAAAAUAUAUUUUGUCUGGUAUUAACUUUGCUUGUUAUAAAGUUAACUUUUAAGAUAACAUUGCAUGUUAGUGUUACUAAACAAACAACAUAUUUUGUCUGGUUCAGUGCAGGUGUUGUAGUGUUACUAAACAAACAACAUAUUUUGUCUGGUGCAGUGCAUGUGUUGUAGUGUUACUAAGCAAACAACAUAUUUUGUCUGGUGCAGUGCAUGUGUUACUAAACAAACAACAUAUUUUGUCUGGUGCCGUGCAUGUGUUGUAGUGUUACUAAACAAACAACAUAUUUUGUCUGGUGCAGUGCAUGUGUUACUAAACAAACAACAUAUUUUGUCUGGUGCCGUGCAUGUGUUGUAGUGUUACUAAACAAACAACAUAUUUUGUCUGGUGCAGUGCAUGUGUUG